UCCGUACAACCGGAAGGUGGCAUGGACGAACUGAAAAGUUUACGAAUUGCUCUGAAGCAACUGAGCGUUCUGGAUUCGAAUAUACGCGUGAUUGAGCAGGAAAACGGAGAAUUAGCGAUGUUUGCAGCAGGUGAAGUUCAUCUGCAAAAAUGUCUCACUGAUUUAUACGAUAUGGGCCAUGAUAAUGUGAAAGUUUCACAACCGUCAGUACCAUUCUUUGAAACGAUCAUCUCCGUACCGGGCACUUCGAGUAGUUCUAUUCAACCGGUGGAUUGCAAUAUCCGCAGUGGAAUAGCCAAAAUAAAACUACGUGCUGCACCCUUGCCUCGUCAACUGAUCGAGCAUUUGGAAAAAAACGAAGAAGCACUACGAGACCUUAGGCAAGGCAGAUUCACAAAGGCUGUAGAGAAUCUGCACCAAACACUGUUGCAAGAAGGAAUAAAUUGGCUCAAAGAUUACAAGGGAAGCAUAUGGUCAAAACAGCGAGUUGAACAACUGAGGAAUUUUAUUGACAGGAUAUGGGCUUUUGGACCACCGCGAGCCCGAUUCAAUAUUUUGUUCAAUGCGGUUGCUGAUUAUGAAAGACCAUCCAUAUGGAAAAAGCAAACAACCAAAUUACGGUAUUUUGAUCAAUCCAUGAUAGCUGGUUUUGAUUUGGCGAUGAGUGCUGGUCCA